UCGGUCUCACAGAUUCUGGUGCCGAGGAUCUCGUCUCCGCUCUCAGUACAAACUCAUCACUGACGGAGCUAAACCUAAAUGAGAAUAAACUGUGAGAUUCAGGAGUGAAACUGAUGUCUGCGGCUCUGAGGAACCCGGAGUGUAAAAUACAGAAACUGUGGCUGAACAAUGUCGGUCUCACAGAUUCUGGUGCCGAGGAUCUCGUCUCCGCUCUCAGUACAAACCCAUCACUGACGGAGCUGGACCUGAGAUUAAACUCGCUGACAGACCGAUCUGUCCCCGCUCUCCGCUGCCUCAUACUGACCCUCCCGAGACUGGAGCGGAUCCGGCUGGGGGAGAAUUGGUUCAGUGAGACCGGUGGGAAGAAACUGAGACCUCUGCGGGGAGUCAGACCCGGUCUGAGAGUGAUCGUGUGA